AUGGAGCCGUGGCUUGACUCCCUCUCGGAGGACUGGAAAUCCGAACACCAUUCCUCUUCGCCUGUCCCAUCCCUCUCCUCGAGCCGGCACAAUGGAAAUUCGUCCUUCUCUCGCUCUCAAAGUCGCAUCCCUCACCUGGCGAAGAACAUGCGCAAAGAAUCAACAACAGGAAGCUUUCUUCGACAUAGGUCGCAACGGAGUCACUCACGUGCCGAUGGAGAGCCCAUCCUGCGAGAAAGAAGUGCCUCGAGCCUCAACUUGCCCCCCGCAAACGGCUCGAGUAAAUUCACAAGUCUACCGCGCCGACCCUCGAGCGUGUUUUCCGAGUCUCAAAACUCCGUCCAACACCACACGAUGAACGAAAUGCCUGCUUCGGCAGAGACACCCGAGUGGAAGAGGAGAUUAAUAAACGGCGAAGACAUCGCUAGUGAUGGCUUUGAUUUAUUUUCGCCGUCGAAGUUGGAGGGAAUCUUCAAACAGCCAGCAUCUUCCGUCCUUCCCAGCGACAACGAAGCCGUGGAAAAUGAAGGGUCAAUACGUCGAAAACCAUUCAGCAUACCCAUCUCGAACAACUUCCCAGAACAAUAUAGCAGCGUGCGCGGAACGAGAAGUCGUCUUAAUCUAGCAGUGCUAGAGGAAAUCAAUGAGGAGGAAGAGUCGGAACAUCAGAAUCAGCCAAAAGGCCCUCAUCCUACACUUGAGAAAGGAUCUAUACAAGAGUUGGCUGAGCAGCGCAUGCGGUCGUUUGCUCGUAUACAUAAUGACAACACCGCUCCGUCCUCUUGCCCAUCAUCACCAGAGGAGGAGAGCAUUAUCCAACGUCAAGCCACCUCCAGUGCCCCCGAUCCUCGUUGGAGAACAAUUAGUGGCCAGGAAGAGUUGAGGAAUGAGUUCAUCAGUCCAGUUACCAUGUCCAAACAGAACUCGAUUCGGGAAACGAUCAUGCGACAUCCCACUAAUGUCGACUUGCAGACUCUAGAUACGAAACUCAGAGAGGCAGCCUGCGAUUCGCCUCGACCGACGUCCAGUUCCAGUGACAGGGCAGUAGACUAUGGAAAUUGGAGUCGGAAUGGACAUGAGCCCGCGCCUGCGCGUGCUGACGAACUGUUGCCGGACCUCACUUCGCAGUCCUUGCCGGAUGACUUGUCAAUGGGCACGCAGGAUUUUGUCGCCGGUGGAGGCUUCAUUAACUCUCGGCGAGGAGGAAGAUCAAACGAAAACUCCUUCCUUCGAAAGAGCCUCAGCUUGUCUCGUGAAAAUUCUAGAAUCGACUCUCAGAACAAAGAAAACUUUACCUUCAACAGCUCGCCUCCUCAGUCUUCACGCUUAUGGGACGAUAGCAUUGAUCAAAGCAAAAUCAGUGCCAGCGCGCCAGGAACGCCCCCCGAUACCAGCGUGGUUCACCAUGCCGAAAGUCGUAGUAGGCCCACGUCUUCUGGCAGCCCGCUGAAGCUCUUUGGUAAUCGAGACACAUAUACAAACAACAAGCUCAUGCGAAUAUUAAGCCACUUCGAGCCGGAAGCGACAACAGAUGCAGGCAACAGCGAUAGCUCGGCAGACGAAGAUCAAGAUAAUGUCUUUCGAAUGAGCCAGUUUGGCCAGGGUGAACUAGACGGGUUUGGUUUUGAGCAAAACGUGCGCAGGCCAUCACCAGUCGAGCUCGGUCAAGUCGGAUCGGAUGACAGAAUAUUCCAGCCAACUAUCGCCGUUGCUGACCAGAAAGCACAACGUAACGAGGCAGAAGACCUUGCUAACAACGCAAGAGAUGCUCAGGAAAGAGACAGACUGACCAAGCGUCGCAAGACCAUUAUGCAAGAACAGGUUACGAUCCACGAUAAUGAAGUGGAAGUAAAGAUCAGCUCCCUCGAGGAAAAGGCAACACUAGCCGGUAAGAAGCGUACCGACGCGAGACCAGGCAGUGACCCUGCGCAAGCAGAGCCUGAAGUUUUGGCGACAAGAAAUCUAUUGAAGCCCAAGUCCGCCAGAAGAUCGUCUAUGGGAAAAUCUGCCGCUGGAGAUGCAGCCAACACCGACGGGGAAGAAGGCCUGGUAGAGCUGAACCAUGAACUCACAGAAGCACUGGCCGCAGAGCUCGCCACGUUUACGCAUGAGGCUGUGAAGGUGAACGAAGAUUCCCGGAAGCCGUCACUGGCGACUAAAGAUUACAUGGAAGAGGCCAACAAAGUCAUGCAGUUUAUUCGUGCGCGAGGGAAACCGGUGCCAGUGUUGAACCAAACGAGUGAACUGGGAGAUACAUCAGAGUUGAACGCUGAUGCAAUCCUUGACUUCAGUGUCGAUGCCGAAUCCACAAAAGAAGACUUCUCACGCCCGCCAUCUCGAGAAUAUCCCGCAAAACCUCCGCCCGAACGCCGACAUGCCAGGCAUGAUUCUCGUACUGCCAGCUAUUUGAGAAAGUAUCAAGAUCAAGACGAUCUUGACGUGUUGGCAAGCACUUCUGUCUUUGGAACGUGGGCUCCCUCAGACAACAGGCUAGCCGCUGAAGCUGCUAGUGUUCCUGUGCCAGAUGAGUUUCAAGAAAGCGAUCCGCCAAACAUCCGCAUACGUGGCCAUAAUGAGACCAUGAGAAAAAGAAAACAUUCAACAUCUACCAUAGAAGGUCCCCCUUCUAGCCAGAGUUCUCUACAGCAUAGCUUCCCCACAAACUCGUCAUCAACUUCGGGGCAAAAGGGCGUCAUCACGUCUGGAACAGUGUCCAUUCCAGAUAAAGUAGGUGCAAUGACAUUUGACCAUGACAAGAAGAUUUGGGUAAGAAAGAUGCAGUCAACUCAAAGCCCAAAAGUGUUAGAUCUUGAAGGCGUUUCAGAGGAUGAUCCUUUCGAGAACAUACCUGAUCUAAGCAUCGACGAGAAACAGGAAAUAUUCUCUGGGGCUGGUGAGAAACAAGAUGCUGCCACUGGACAAAAGUCUGUCGUCUCGCCACCUACGCCUACGUCCUGGGCAGAACCUUCAUCACCCAGGCAGCCUCUGCAGGAGUUGGAGCCUGAGAUUGUGAUGAAGCGUGAUCAAGCUCUUGCCGCACCCCGGGACAAAGACGAAGGUGAAAUCAAUCUCAGUUCUUUGAGAUCAAAAGUGUCCGAGCACGAGGUCAAGCUACAAAGCGGAGUCCCUUCUAAGCCACCCUCUGAACUGAAGGAAAAUCGAAAGCAAGCACGGGUUGUAACAAUCGCGUUCUCGUCGCCCGUCGUUUCAGGCAUCAACUACGCAAAUAUGUCCGAUGAGGAUUUCGAAGCUCUGCCCCGAGAGGAUGAUUUGCCCCUUGACGAGUCCUACAUCCAUUUGGAAGAUGACAUUGAGAACAUGGUGCCUUCGCAUGAGAACAUGGUGCCUUCGCAUCACCCGCAGAAUAGGUUUUCUCUCCCUGCCGAAGAUCGCCAGGCCUUGACAUUUCAACCUCGAACGAUUUCGCCAAUUCAAGAACAAGAUGAAGAGCAGACGACGGGCCAGAUGAGCAUGGUGAAUACCAAUCACUUCCACGAACUUACACCUGCUCCGCCACGAGCAGUUGCGAAGCUUCAAAGGUCUGCGCAGAAAGCUACGAGUAUUCUUUGCUUGACACCUCUUUCCGAUUUUUCUCUCCAUCAGGUCGACAAAGGUCGGGACCCAGAUCAGAGCUAUGUUGAGGAUCGAAAACAUCCCAAUGCGCUUCGACAGGCACAUGGAUCCCUUGCUUUGGCUGUGGACCAACUUGUCAAAGCAAUCACAGAUGCAGUUCAAGAUGAAUUGUUCUGGGAGGAUUUGCGACGGCUGAAACUCGACGAGAACAAAAUCUCGUCUGUGCAUGCGCUGAAAGAGUAUUGCCCAGCCUUGGAACAUUUGUCAGUCAGUGGGAAUUCGUUAAGGCAGUUGGAUGGUUUACCAUCAAGCUUGCGCGUCCUUGAUAUCCACAACAACAUGCUCAAUGAUUUGACUUCGUGGGGACAUCUACACAAUCUGCAAUACCUUGAUGUGUCAGGAAAUGAAUUAGAGAGUCUAGAAUGCUUCAGUUCUCUUUUACAUCUUCGGAGUUUGAAGGCUAACAACAAUCGCAUCACCAAUAUUGAUGGGCUUUUGGAUCUCGACAGCCUUCUUGACCUCCAGCUAAGUGACAAUGAACUUACCUGUGUCAACUUUGAAGGGUCUGAACUUAUGCGCCUCCGGAGCUUGGAUUUGAGCGACAACAAACUGAAAGAAGUCAAGGGCCUCAGAUCUCUCCCGGCACUGGAGAGUCUCAAUGUUUCCAAUAACGAGUUGGAGAAAUUUGAGCAAGACACCCAGGAUCGAGGCUUAAACUUGAAAGAGCUUCGCCUUUCUCACAAUGCGCUGGAAGCAAUCCAUUUGAAGCAGAUGCCCGCACUGAAGUACCUGGAUCUCGAUAACAACAGGAUCAACAACAUCUAUGGACUGUCUUCGGCCUAUGAUUUGGAAAUUUUGUCACUAAGAGAACAGGCGGGCUCUGCUUCUGUUGUGGAUCUUAUCCUUUCAACUCCCAACGAAUGUCGUACGAUCAGACUAUCGUCCAACUCUGUGAUGAGCGGCAUGUUCAAGCUACCAAGCAAGCCACAGAACAACCUCCGUGAGCUGGAAAUUGCAGCAUGUGGUAUCGCCGAGCUUCCAGAAGGGUUUGGUGCUGCGUUCCCAAACUGCCGGUCUCUGAACGCCAAUUUCAACGCCAUCAAGGAUAUAGCGCCCCUCAGGAGAAUGGUUCAUCUAAAGAAUCUUCUCUUGGCCAAAAAUCGCGUCAAGAAACUCAGACGAACAUGCCUGGUCUUGUCACGAUUGGGGUCAUUGAAGCAAGUCGAUCUUCGCGACAACCCCUUGACCGUCGGCUUCUAUUCACCCGUACAUACCGCUGUCGACGCUGACGGACCUACGUUCGAGGCGCGAUAUCAUCUGCCCCGAGGCUCCGCCGAUGAAGAUGCGAAUUGGGUGAAGUUAUUAGACGAAGUGACAAGCAUGAAAAGACGAACGAUUGAACUGUUACUGGCAGACCAUUGCAAGGGUUUGGUUGAUCUUGAUGGACUUUGUUUUUCCAGGGGACAGUCCGACCGAGAGGACGAGACGUGGGUGAGGUUGACUGCUCAAAAGGUGCUUGUGAAACCGGCCCAGGUGCAAAUGCCGACUGCGAAUAUUGCAGAGAAGAUGACACGAAAGCAUGGGGAUGUUUCUAUUCCUUCUCCCUCUAAAGAACUUACUAUAGUGGGAGGGGAGGGUUCGAUGAUUAUGGAUUGUGAUGUUUUUGACGGAUGA